UCAACAAUCAACACAGGAAUACGAACUGAACUAAACAGCUCUCUACUACCAUCGAACCGAUCCCCGGGACUUUGCGUUUGCGUUUGCCUUUGUUGGUUGGCACACACUCCAAACCAACCCACCGGAAGAAUGGUGGAAGCACUAGAUACCGAGUAUCAGGGCGAGGGUACACCAAAUGUUCCCGACGGAAACGGCGCGGAUCUCCCGGACCGUGGUGUUGUGGGAGCCCCGAAGCACCGGCCAUUGGAAGAGACCACCACCACCAACUCAGCUGCCAUCGAAUCGAACCCACAAGGAGAAACGCUACUACCACCACAACAGCAACAUGAAGAUGGUGUAUCAGCAGCAGCAACAACAACAGCAGCGACAACAACAACGCCGCAAGACACCGAUUCCCGGGAAAAAAUCCGCAAGGGACUCGCCUUUUGGAACCACCCCGGGCUGUGGGAUGUUUCCUCCAGGGAAAAACAGGCGUACCUCCGCGAGCAACAGGGCUUGACGGACGCCGAGAUCCACUGGGUGUGGGAAGAACUCGUGGCUUCCUCCGCGGGAAAUGCCGGGAGGGGUUCCGGUGCAGCGAACGGCAGUAGCCGCUCAAGCGAUCCCCAUCACCCCGACGGAUUUGUUCCGGCUUCCCUCGGGGGCGGGAAUCCUUCCGGCCCUGGUCGUGCCCGUUCGCCGGACUCGGACUCGCACUCGCGCUCGCACUCGCGGUCACACAGCCGACGCGAUUUCCAACACCAACGCAACCCGCGGCCGUCGUUCCGAGCAAGGGAGAACGAGAACGCCCGCGGCCCGGCCACUUUCUCCGGUGAAGGUCCGUACUCGAACUACGACGACUAUUACCACGGGAGCAACCCCUACGAACAGACUCAGACGCAGACGCAUGCACACACACACACACAGGUCCAGGCCCAGGCCCAGGCCCAGGCCCAAUCGCUGUCACACUCGACGCCACAGCAGUUUUUGCACCACCCCUACCACACCGUCGCGGCGGAACAGGACGGCGACGGCUCGAUUUCCGUCGCCCGGGGCGUGUCCCUCCUGGCGGUGGGGGGAUUUCUGGGCGUGGCGGGGGCCGCCGCGGUGCGGUGGCUCAACGGGGGGACCUUCGAGCUUCUCCCCCCCCCGGCGGCUUCGGCGGCGGCGGCGAGCCCCACCGACCGGGGUCCUUCCGCAGCGAACGCCGGGGCGUGCCUUCCACCACAACACGCGGCGAAGGAACCCGCAGCCGACGCGCGGCCGCAGCGGAAUCCCGGCGUUGUGGACGACGACGGCGGCGACGACUACGAGGAAGGGUACGGAGAUGCCGGCUACGAGGACGAAGAAUGCGGAGACGCCGAAUAUUCGGACAACGACGACGACGAAGAGGACGGCUACGACGAAGGGUAUCUCUUGGAGCGAAUGGACGCUUUGCUGUCGUCGAUCGACUCCAACUCGACCCUGCAAGAAAAGCUCCUCCUCAAACUAGCGAGCACGUCGUCCGUCACCGAUCUAUCCAUGGAAUUGCUCCGGCAAAACAAGGCACAGAGCACGAAGAGCGACUGCACCGGUACUAGCACCAGCACCACAGACACUGCCAGCAACGCCACAGAACCCAGCAGGUCCGUGUUUUUGGCCGAGCUGAAGGAGGAGUUGAUCGAAACAAAAGACGACCUGGCGAGGCUGUGCGACGCGAUUGCGAAAUCCACGGAAGAAACCGGUGGCAGCGACCCACCCGACGGCGAAGCGCGCGACUGGAAAAUGGAAUCCUGCAGGUUGCGCGCGAGGCUCGAAGGCUGCAUCCAACGAAUCAAAGAGCAGACCACCGACGGUGGCGUGACGAACCCAGGAACCGCGACGGCAACCCAGCAGCCAUUGCCGCAGCCGUUGCCGCUUUCGAUUCCACCCACUCCGUCCACACCAUCCGGUGAGAGCAAAGCAGAACACGAGAACCCUCCCUUGUCGCUGAAAGAUUGCGUCCUCCGGGUCGCAGAAAAGAACAAUCCACCGACCCUCAAAAUGGGAUCGCAGCUGCUCUAUCUCUACCUUGCCAAUCUAUCCGGAAAGCCGGACAAUCGGCGAUACCGAAAGAUUUUUGUUUCCAACGAGAGUUUUCGCAAGGUGGACGACCUGGUGGGUGGCAAAGACUUGCUGAAAGCGGUGGGAUUCUUGGAGGACGCCGACAAGGGCGUCCUGGAGUGGGUCCCGACUCGAUCCACGGACGAGGAAAUCUCAGCCCUGGUUCUGGUCAAGGAGGCCGCUGCCGCGCUCGGUGUCCUGAAGAACGCGAACGGGGUUCCCGCCUCGGAACUUUCGGCCCUGGCCCUGUCGAAGCUGUCAUCCCCGUCGUCAUCUGCGUUGUUGCCCCAUCCAACGUCUCCACUAGAACGCACCAGGGAGAGCGACCGCGACCGCGAGGAAGCAAACCAGCACCAAGACCACAGAGAAGAUGUUCUACAGACUCCGUCCGGCUCUUCGCUCCUCUCUCCUCCAAUGCCAAAGAAGCUCCCCUUUUUCCCUACACCAUCGGCCGAAGAUCGUUCGUGAAGGAGACUGGCUGCCAUCCCGAACCCCAUCCCCCCACGUGCCCGAAAGCGGGAGGAACACCAAACGGACGCAACGGCCGCUUUCGUCGAAUCCAAGUACCGCGGUUCUACAUAGCUCACA